AAAAAUAUUUUACACCCUUAGAUCUUUUGAUCUCCUAAUUAUAUAAAAUAUUUUCUUCUACCGUUUGUCUAUAUAACCAUAUGUGUUGUCUAGUGCAUGUAUUCAGCCACGAAUAAGAGAAUAGUCUACUAAAUCAAUGGCAACUUUACGUAUAAGUUCAGCUCUUAUUUACCAAAAUACCCUCACCCACCAUUUUCGUCUUCGACGUCCUCACCGUUUCGUAUGCAAGUCCAUGACCAAAACGACGCCGGAUACUACUCUUGUUGAACUCAGUCGACGCUCCGGAAACUAUCAACCUUCACCGUGGAACCAUUGUUAUCUCCUCUCCAUCGAGAAUAAAUAUGCGAGUGAAACAGAAGUAAUAACUAGAGAUGUGUUGAAGAAAAAAGUGAAGAGCAUGCUUGAUGAUGAGAAGAAGAGCCGUCUCGAGCAAUUAGAGCUCAUCGAUGAUCUGCAAAAACUUGGGGUUUCGUAUCAUUUUGAGAUAGAAAUAAAUGAUACUUUGACAGAUCUUCAUCUUAAAAUGGGAAGAAAUUGCUGGAAAUGUGACAAGGAAGAAGAUUUACAUGCAACCUCACUCGAAUUCCGACUUCUUAGACAACAUGGUUUUGAUGUCUCAGAAAAUAUAUUUGAUGUGAUCAUCGACCAAAUAGAAAGUAAUACGUUCAAGACCAACAAUAUAAACGGUAUCAUUUCUUUGUACGAAGCGUCGUAUCUUUCCACGAAAUCGGAUACUAAAUUGCAUAAAGUCAUCAGACCUUUUGCAACAGAACAAAUAAGAAAAUUUGUUGAUGAUGAAGAUACUAAAAACAUUGAGGUACGAGAGAAGGCGUAUCAUGCCUUAGAAAUGCCGUACCAUUGGAGAAUGAGAAGGCUAGACACGAGAUGGUACAUAGAUGCAUAUGAGAAGAAACAUGACAUGAAUCUUGUCUUGAUCGAGUUUGCAAAAAUUGAUUUCAAUAUCGUACAAGCUGCUCAUCAAGAAGAUCUCAAAUACGUUUCAAGAUGGUGGAAGGAUACAUGUUUGACUAACCAACUUCCCUUUGUAAGAGAUAGAAUAGUCGAGAACUAUUUUUGGACCGUUGGAUUAAUAUACGAACCACAAUUUGGAUAUAUCCGACGGAUCAUGACUAUAGUUAAUGCCCUUGUUACAACCAUUGACGACAUCUACGAUAUCUAUGGCACUCUUGAAGAACUAGAACUAUUCACUUCCAUGGUUGAAAAUUGGGAUGUAAAUCGUCUUGGUGAGCUUCCCGAGUAUAUGAGGUUGUGUUUUCUUAUUUUAUACAAUGAAAUCAAUGGCAUUGGAUGUGAUAUACUCAAAUAUAAAAAGAUUGACGUCAUUCCUUACCUCAAGAAAUCGUGGGCAGAUUUAUGUAGAACAUAUCUAGUGGAAGCAAAGUGGUACAAAAGAGGAUACAAACCAAGCUUGGAAGAAUAUAUGCAAAAUGCUUGGAUUUCAAUUUCUGCCCCAACAAUAUUGAUCCACUUUUACUGCGUUUUCUCUGACCAAAUCUCAGUUCAAAACUUAGAGACUUUGUCUCAACACCGACAACACAUCGUCCGAUGCUCAGCCACCGUUCUUCGUUUAGCUAACGACCUUGGAACUUCGCCAACUGAAUUGGCGAGAGGAGACGUUCUCAAAUCGGUCCAAUGUUACAUGCAUGAGACCGGAGCUUCAGAGGAAAGGGCACGUGAUCACGUGCAUCAGAUGAUUAGCGACAUGUGGGACGACAUGAACUCCGAAACAAAAACGGCAUGCAAUUCUUCGUCACGUUCUAGAGGUUUUAAGGAAGCUGCAAUGAAUCUGGCACGCAUGUCGCAAUGCAUGUAUCAAUAUGGUGAUGGUCAUGGAUGCCCUGAAAAAGCCAAGACCAUUGAUCGUGUCCAAUCCUUACUCGUUGAUCCAAUUCCAUUAGAUGUAAAUCGUCUUGGUUGAAGUGUAAGGACUCUACUACAUAAAAUCAUUUGUACAAUGAAAUCCUCAACCAUAAAAAAUGUUGACGUCAGCCCCUUUCUCAAGAAAUCAUUAAGUUAAAUUUCAUAUUGAUGUAUAGAUAGAUUAUGGUUUAAAAUUUCUUUAUGUUAUUGUUCAGUAUAAGCCCUUCUCUGGUACUGGGAAAAGCAGCGAACUAAGGUUUUGAACCCCCCCCCCCCCCCCGACCUCAGUUCUCCUGUGCCCUAGCUGAGACUUAUUGCUUAGCAGUGAUAACCUCCGCACUACGGCGCUCCAAUGAACAAGAGUUCUCCGCCUUAGUAUAUUUAGAAGAGUGGUUUCAUCUUAGUGGGCAGAGUUAUGUCGAACAUAUCUAGUAGAAGAAAGGGGGUACAAAAGAGGGAUGCAAACCAAGCUUGGAAGAAUACACGCAAAAUGCUUGGAUUUCAAUUGCUGACCCAACAAUGUUAAUUCACUUUGACUGUGCUUUCUCUGACCAUGUCUCAAUCCAAGUCUUGAAGUUUAUCACAACACCGUCAACAAAUCCUCCGUCUAGUUAAUGACCUCGGAACUUCGCUAAUAAAUAACCAAUCUUCUUACUUCUAGUAGUGUUGAGUUAUAAAAUCAAUUUAAAUAAUCAACCUACUAACUUCUAGUUGUGAGUGUUUGAUUAGGAUGAAUUGGCAAGAGACGUUCUAAAAUCCAAUGUUACAUGCAUGAGACC